CCCCUCUCUCUCUCUCUUCCCCCACAAGGCUGGCGCCCGCUAUAUAAGUGGAGCACAUCGUCGGCACUCGGGGCACUCCGCCGGCACUUCCUCCGACUCGACGGCACUACUCACCAUGAACACCAUCGUUUUGGUCGCGACGCUGGCAGCCGCGCUGUGCGCCUGCAGCGCGCAGUACGUGCCGCCGAGCGAGGCCCAGCGCGCCGCCAUCCUGUCGGAGCAGCGCUACCUGGCGGGAGACGGCACGUUCGGCGCCGCCUACAGCCAGGAGGACGGAGUCGAGUUCAAGGAGGAGUCCGACGUCGACGGCAACCGGCGCGGCUCCUACAGCUACGUCGACCCCAGCGGUCAGCGCCGCACCGUCACCUACACGGCCGGCAAGGACGGCUUCCGCGCCACCGGAGACCACCUGCCCGUCGCUCCCAACCCACCCCCACAGGUGCCGCCACAGCCGCAGUACCAGCCGCAGCCGCAGUACAACCCGCCGCCGCAGUACAACCCGCCAGCGCCCGCCUACAACCCGCCGGCGCCCGCCUACAACCCGCCGGCGCCCGCCUACAACCCACCUGCGCCCGCGUACCGCCCACCCGCGCCGCAGUACAACCCGGCGCCCGCGCCGCAGUACAACUACCAGCCGCAGGCGCAGUACAACGCCAUCCCGCAGUACACGACGACGCCCGCGCCUCACCGCUUCUACCCGCCCGGCAAGCUCAGCCUCAGCCGGACGCCCGACGGCUUCAGCUACACCUUCAACAAGAGCUAGGCUCUCACCCCUCGCACUCACACCACAUUAUAUAUUUACUAACUAUUGUUAAAUAAAAUAUUUAAACCACA